AUGCCUUCUCGCUUUCAAGAACACUUUGAGAUCCCACAACAAGAUUUAUUCUUUUGCCAUCGAGACUAUACAGAUGUGGAUCAAGACGAUCUAUACCGUCGUCAAUCACUGUCCAACACAAUAGGCUCAACGACAUCAACUGCAUCUAUAAACUAUACAUCGUCCCCCUCUUAUUCUAAUCGGCAAUGCAGUCUAAAGAGACAAUCCCGAGUCAAGACGAGAAGAAACACAAAUGGCGGAUCAUCCUCGCUCACAAGCAGUGCCAGUAACAACAGCAUCAUUGGGUGGUGCCUCAAAGCCAAAUCAAAGAUCAUCAAGCUUCGCCAUGACUAA